UUGGAGCUUUCCUCCUCGUCAAUGGACUCGCUUUCUAUUCUAACCGAAUCUACACGACACACCCACCCCUACGUAAACGCUCUGAUCUCUCACCCCUAAACCUCACCAGUCAACAUACAGAAUCUCUCCUUCUCACCUAAACUCCCAAAUUUCCAAAAAGCAGGUGUGAAUUAGGUCCAUCGCAUCACCUCCAUAUAUAUAUAUAUAUAUAUAUAUGUAUACUGAACUCAGCCAUUUUUCUGAUCUCUAUCUCACCAUUCAAACGUCAAGCCGAUAAUAUGUUUCUUUUUACCGCCAUAUUCACCCGCCUGACUACCUCUUCUCGGUGGCCAUUCCUCCUCUAUGCUGCCACCUGGACAGCUAUACUCUCCGUGGUGGUGGCGGUGGCGUCGUUCGCUCCGGAGGUUGCCUUCGUGUCUGCCAUAUCUUCGUCCUCUUCUUUCUCGACAGCGUGCGAGACGGACGGAUCCGUAAGAGUGCCGUUGGAUGUGCCGGGAGAGACCCUGUGCUUACCGGCCAACCUGUUCAGCAAGUCUAAGAUUGAUUUCAUCGUUCCUCCGGUCUUUGCGGCGGCGGUCGUGGCUGCGUCUGCUUGCUUGGUCCGGGCAAUGUGCCUUUGGGAUGACGAUGAAACCUAUUAGUUCUAAAAGUUUUGAUACUCUGCAAUUUGCUUCAUAAAUAUACUGCUUAUUGUAAAGGUUAACGCUAGCGCGCUCCUAAUAAUUUAUAUCAAUCGUUUUACCUUCCUGACAUGGCAUCACAAUAU